UUUAACCCUCAUAUCAAAUAAUUCGAUAGAUUUUUUUGUGCCAAAAUGAUGAUCAUAUCCUGGAAUGCAUUAGAUCAUUGACAAUCAUAUCUUAAAAUGAAAAAUUAUGAAAAAUUGUGAAAAAUUGUGCGGUUUUAUGGAUUAGUUAGUGCAUUUUUAUGGAUUAGAUUUUGCAUUUGAUCUAACCAUAAGUCCAAAUUUGGAUGAAAAAGUCUCAGAUAAUUUUAUAUAUAUGUUAGUAUAGCGAAGCUAACGUUUGACUCUCUCUCUCGUUGUAUACAUUUAUUAUAUAGUAUAUCUGCAGUAAAAGUGUUUUAGAAAUAUAAACUUUAAAUUUUUCAAGUAUGUCAGGUCCCUCGAGGAACACUCGCAGUAACACCUCGAAAGGCAUUAAUCCUUACCAACAAGAUAGAGAAUAAACCAUUACGGAAACAACCCAACUGAUGGACAUAGAAGAACCUUCGCAGCCAAAGAUAGUCUUUGAACUUAAGGAUGACUUUGAACCUGUUUUAAGUAGAAAAGAUAAAAGAAAAGUAAAACAGCAAGAACAAGCACGACAACAACAAUUCCCUAGGCCACCUGGAACUACUUCGGUAAUCAGUUCUGGAACUAGUCAAGAACCUUUUCAGCUUCUCCCUUUUAUCGAUGAGACACCCAACUUUACUUCCGCUGCAUCAAAAGAAAAAAAGAAAAUGGCUAAUUCAAAAAAAGAUCAGCACCAAUCAAAAUCUGCCAAGAAUUCAAAUGCAUCUACAUCUCAUACAAAAUCAACUAUUACUGAAUCUGGAAUGGAUGAUCAAAAUAAUCAACAGAUGAUCAAUUCAGAUGAGCAGAUCCCAGAUCAAUCUACUCCAAAAACGAAUGUCAUUGACAUUAAUGACGAUAUUAACAUCAUUGGUGUAAAAAUACCACAAAUCUGGAAAGCAAUGGGAAAAAUGAAGGACCGAGAACAUGCUAGAAUGUUUAUCAACAAGAUUAUUACCAAUGCCAAAUCAGCAGUUGACAUCAUUAGUUAUAUUAAUAUUAAAAAACAAAUUGAUAAUACAACUUAUCACAUGAUCACCAUUAAAGUUAGCAAUGAAAAUGAAUUAAAAAAAUUAUGUGAACUAGAAUUCAAAUUGCCUGAACCUGCAAUAGAAAUAUUUAAAUUUACCCCAGUUGAAAAUAAAAUUGAAAAAAUUUGUGAAGAAAAUUCAAAAACUAAAGAUCGUACAAUUCAGGUUGUUAAUAUUCCAAUUUAUAUGCAAAAUAAAGAAUUGCGUGCCAUUUUUUCAAGAUAUGGAGAACUUGAAGAAAAUGGAAUUCAUACAAAACUGAAAGGCAUUUAUACACAUGCAUAUAUCACUUACAAAAAAGAAAAAAGCAUAGAAGUUUUUUAUAAAAAGUGGAGUAUAUGGGCAUUAAAAGAAUAUCUCCAUGUACUUCCCUUAAAUUUAUCAGAUGAAAAAAGAAAAGAAAGACAGCAAUGGUGCGCUAAAAUUAAUGGAUUACCCCUCGGUACUACUGCAAGAGAUUUACAACAAUUUAUUGAAGAAAUUGGUGGAGCUAUUUGUUUUAUUCCUAAACAACCGAAUAAUUACAAACCUUUAAAAUAUGCUUAUAUUUACUUUUUCACUCAAGAAGAUAUGGAAAUAGCAAUAAAUAAUGUAUAUGAAUUCAAACGAAAGCAAUUAGAAUGGUCACCACCAGAAGAUAAAUCUUGUCAUCUCUGUGGAUACACCAAUCAUUUAGCAAAAGAAUGUGACAAUAAAUUCACUACUGAAAGAAAAAAUUAUACUAACCGUAAACAACUCCUAGCACAAAUGCACAAUACAGAAAUAGACAAAACAACAGAAAAAGAUCAUAUGCAGAUACUUCGUCCUUCACAAAAUUGUUCCCAAAAUUGGGAUGAAAGUGAUAUGAACGAAUGGGGGGAUGAAGAAGAAUUUUUCACUGAUAGAGAAUUAAAUAACAAUAAUAUUAAAAAUGGAACAGCUAAAGGUGGUUCAAUUCAUGAUAAACGAGCAAAUAAAAACAGCAAUCAAGCUGAUAUUGUAACUAUUAAAACACAAAUAAAUGAAAUUGCAACCUUAUUGAAAGACUUCAAAGAAGAACAGAAUAAUAUGAAAAAUGAAUUUUCUGAAAUUAAACAAAAAUUCAACACCAAACCAGUAAAUACUGGAAAACAGAAACAAGUUACUUUCAAUGAAAAUAACAAACGAGCAAAAAUGGACUCAUCAUCAAGUGAAAAUGAUAAUAAUGAUACUAUUUUAAAAUUACAAGAAAAAAUGGAUAAACAAGAUAGUUCUUCGUUUAAUAAUGAUAGCUUUAUAGACGAUGAAAAAUACAAAAUUUUAGCAAAACUAGCUGGUCCACUUAUCCUACAUGAUGAAUAUUUGCUCGCGGAAAGGCUUGGAAAUAUUAAAAUCGCGCACAACAACAAAACAAUNGUGCAAGAAGAACAAAAUAAUAUUUUCGCGCGUUUUUCAGCACAACAACAAAACAAUGACAAUUUACCGACUGGAUCUAGGAAUCUUGUACCAACUUCUAAUAAUAAUAUCCCAUACCAAGAUGGUACACAACAUUUAACCAAUGAUAUAACAGACAAAAUUACGGGUCCCAAUGUCGACAACUCUAAGGAUUCUCGACAUCCCGAUACUACGUCCUAUCAAUCACGUGAUAACAAUAAAGAAACAACAGAGAUUAUACCACUGAAUAAAAAGAAACGGAAAUCAAAAAAUAAGGAACUUCAACCUCUUAAUUCAACAGACGUAACUUUUGUUUAA